GAAGAGACGUCGGGUAGAGUGAGAGGAAUUUAAUGGACUAACGUGGCGCAUUACAACGUUCGGUUCGAAGGAACCAACCAAACCCACAUUCUCUUCGGCGGCAGCCUUCCUUUUCAUAUCCCUGAAUUUUUUAGAUAAGCUUUUCCGAUAAUAAUCGGGGGAAAGAGUCAAAUAUGCUGGCCCGUGGCACUUCUGGGGCUGUUGUGGGUUGGCAUAGAAUGCUGAGAAAAUCACUGUUGCAUCCUUUGCCUCUUCCAUCUUCUUGUGCACUUCUUGGCCCCAACCUUCCUGAUGUUUGGGUUCCCAGACAGAACACUUCUGAUACCCAUUUCUCAGAAAGACAAAACUUUGAGUUUGAAGGGGUGAAGUCUAAUGCUGUCAUUCUCGGAGGGAAAUCGAUUGCCCAAGACGUGAAACAAAAAGUAGCUGAAGAAAUAGGGAGAAUUAAAAGGACAAUUGGGAAGUCUCCUAAGUUGGCUGUGGUUCUUGUUGGUGAUAGAAGAGAUUCUCAGACCUUCAUCCACAUUAAGUUAAAAGCCUGUGAGCAGGCUGGCAUUGAAACAUCGGUAGCCCUCUUGCCUCAAAACUGUGAAAAAAAAGAACUACUUGAUGUUGUUACCAAUUUUAACAAAGACCCAGCUGUGCAUGGCAUCAUUGUGCAACUUCCCCUGCCCCAACAUUUGGAUGAGGAAAAUGUCAUCAACUUUGUGAAUCCAGAAAAGGAUGUGGAUGGCUUUCAUCCCUUAAAUAUAGGAAACCUUGCCGUGAAGGGAAGAAAACCAUUCUUCAUUCCUUGUGCUUCUAAGAGCUGCAUUGAGUUGUUGCUUAGGCAUGGAGUGGAAAUUGGUGGGAAGAGAGCAGUUGUAAUUGGAAGAAGUAAAAUUGCGGGGUUACCCACUUCGUUGCUGUUGCAGAGGCAUCAUGCAACAGUAAGCAUGGUACAUGCAUUCACAGAGAACCCAGAAUGGGUAACAUCUGAAGCUGACAUUGUGGUAGCAGACGUUGGGAUGCCCAAUAUGAUUCGUGGCAAUUGGUUAAAACAAGGAGCGGUCGUGGUUGACAUGGGAACAAAUCAAGUUAAGCACCCCAACAAAGAAGGCUUCCGUGUCAUAGGAGAUGUUUGCUAUGAAGAGGCGAUCAAGGUGGCAUCAGCCCUUACUCCUGUGCCCGGAGGUUUGGGACCAAUAACAAUAUCAAUGCUUCUUUCCAAUACCCUUGAUGCAGCAAAACAUGCAUAUGGGUUGGUUUGAAUCAGUUGGUUGUUCCAAGAUAUAAGCUCUAUGUUGUAUCUGGCUCUGUGCAUGGAUAUUCCUAACCAUGUAAGCAAACCAAAUCAAUGUGAAGUUUCUCUUGAAAAGCCAUUGCGUCUUGGAUGGAUCAGUAUGGGAAUCUGCAUAUAGCAGGUGCAGUAAAUUUGAGAUUCAAGUGAGUAUGGAAUCGUAAGAUUAUAAACAUUUUAAGAAAUUUGGGUGCAUUGCACAGGUUUUGCACAUCAAUGAGCCAUACUCUUAUGUAGCAUUUGAAAGCUAACCAAACUGUUUUAUGUGCUGUACAUACCAACAUCAAAGUUCUUCGACUCUGUAGCUAUUCUUGGCUUCGUUUAUUUUUGAAAGUUUGAACCUUCCUUGCACAAGUAAAAAACAAAUGGGACUUCUGAUUUUGUUUUGGAACUGUGUUUGAGCUGAUAUAGGAGGAAUCAUAGUGCUAUUUGUUGUUUCUAGUUUGUAUUGCUGUACAAAAACAUUACUCGGAGGGCAUUACUUUUGUGGACAGCAAAUUUGCUUUGCAUGUAUAUAUAUCUACUGGAAAAAGGAGACACACACUCAUAGACGUCAUGUGUCAAUCUAUAUAUCUUUGAACUGUUACCAA